CGCCGCCCAGUCCGCAGAACUUAGGAAGCUUUCUUCCAAGAUGUCUCGGUUUAUGGAUGUUAUGUCCACAAAUCAAAAUGAGACAGUCCCACGUGCGAAGCAUGGGGGCGAUUUACCUGAUGAUGACUUGCUCAGCAUUUUCGCUGAUAACAGUGUAUCUAUUUGUUCGUCGCCAAGCAGGGCGGAUAGUUACGACCCUGAGUUGGAUCUAUUGGAGACACCGGGUGUGGUGGAAUCGAAUGUAGUUUCGAGUUUCUUUCCACCCGAUUGUGACCUGUAUAAGGGCACAUUGGAUUUCAGAUCGCCUGUGUCUGAUAGCCUGGCGGCUCGCAUGACCAAAGCAGUAACGCUUCCUCCGAAGAAGGAAAGCAUUGAGAAGAUUGCUACUCAAUAUCUUACACCGGAGAAUGCUCCAGCGGUUUGCACGCCGAGGAUUCCCCAGGAACUGUGGGGCUCAAUUCCACCGAAUUAUCGUGCUGCCGAUAGUCGUGCACAGAAGUUGCAGACUCAUAUUGUGAAAGGUUUGCUUCCCUAUGCGGAGAUUCUUUCAGAGUUACAGAGCGCGGCUUCGGAGAAGCGCGAUGUGGAUACCAACCGCAUUAAGCGUCUCGCCCUCGACGGUAUCACACUAAGCGGUUUUGCCUCCUACGAAGUGAGCAUGAGGCGUAGGGAAGAAUUGAAGCCCUCUUUUAACCCCAAGUACAAGGGUAUUUGCAGCCGUUCAGUAUCGGUAUCUGAGGGCCUCUUUGGAAGUGAAUUUCAAGCGACCCUUAAAGGGGUCGGAGACUCGUUUCUGGUCAGUCAGAAAAUUUCGCCUCAGAACUUCAGGGGGCGUGCCAAGCGCAACUAUCAGCGACCAGCCCCAUAUCGGCAGGACAAGCGGGAUUAUUCUCGUUUUUCGAGGGAUCGCAACAGCGGCCCAUCUGGAUUUAAGGAGUUUCGCGCCCCAGCGACAGUUUCCAAGGCUCCACAGUCCAAGUACAACGCAGAUCGGGGCAAGUUUAACAAGCCCGGUUUCCCAAAAAACUAGGUCUUGCAGAAGCUUCGGGAGGACAAGGUGGACAUUGCCCUUCUAAUCGCUCCUUUGUGGCGAGCCCAGCCAUGGUAUCCCAUGAUCCUUCAGUUACUUGUCGCCCCACCCCUUCUACUACCUCCGAACUCUCUCGUGGGACAUUCAAACCCAUUCCCAAACCUCAAGCUAACCGCCUGGAUUAUCUCAACAAAGGUUGGCGCUCAGCGGGCCUUUCGGAACACGCUUCCAGCCUCAUCGCCCUCUCUUGGCGAGAUGGAACCAACAAACAAUAUGAAUCGGCUUGGCAACAGUGGCUUCGCUGGUGUGAUUCACAAUCGCUUGAUCCCUUUGACUCGUGUAUUGUAAACGUGAUUAAUUUUCUUAGUGCUCAACAGGGUUUAGGAAAAUCCUACUCUACUAUUAAUUCUUAUCGUUCUGGCCUUUCUUCUGUACUACCACCAAUGGAAGGCUUUCCAGUUGGCAAGCAUCCCAUGGUAAUAAGAUUAUUGAAGGGGAUAUUUAAUGCAAACCCUCCUAAACCAAGGUACCAAAGCACGUGGGAAGUCUCCAGGGUUUUGGAUUAUUUGUGUUCAAUGGCAGAAAAUUAUCAACUUUCUUUGUUUCAUUUGAGUCAAAAACUUGUGUCGUUAGUCGCACUUGUUACAGCGCAACGUACACAGACUCUCAAUCAUUUAGAUAUCUCUUUCAUGCACAUUUCAGAUGAUCGUGCAGUUUUUCAGGUCAUGGAUGUCUUAAAAACGACUACUCCAAAAAAGGGUAUUGCUAAGCAAAUAGUUGAGCUUCCUUCUUUUCCUUCGAAUAAGAAGUUGUGUGUUUUGUUAACUCUUAAGGAAUAUCUUAAUCGUACCAAACCUCUUCGUGAAUGUCAUGGGGAAACGAAGCUCUUUAUUUCAACUAGAAAACCUCACAAAUCGGUAACCUCCAGUACUUUGGCAAGAUGGUUAAAAUUCUCUUUGUUUGCUUCAGGCAUUGACACAUCAGUAUUUUCGGCGCACAGUUUCAGGAGUGCCGCUACUUCUUCUGCUUUCGCUCAUGGGGUCACCUUGAAAGAAAUAAUGAAGAAAGCUGACUGGUCAAAUGCCCGAACAUUCAAAACCUUUUACCACAAACCCGUCGUUGAAGAUGGAACUUUCGCUUUUUCGGUUUUAGCUCAAGCUUCUUGAAAUUUAUGUUCUAUAUCAUGACAUUAUCACGAAAGAGGGCUCUAUGUUAAAUGAGAAGAAGGUUCGCUUCUCUUUGGUAAUCAAUUUUUGGUACAGUUCCAUUAAAGGAAAAUCCUAGGUUACUAGAGAUGUAUUUACAUGAUUCACGUGAUCGUAGUUUACUUUUAAGCAAGACUGAUUUAGUCAAGGAGAUCUGAGUAAUCCUUUUAUGCUUCAUUAUUUUUGAGGUUCGUGUUAUGAUUAAAAAUUUGAUACACCUGCAA